UACGAUACGCAUACGAUACCUCCGUGAGCGACUCGGCAUCACAAACUUCUCUAGCUACUUAAUUUUAUAUUGAAUUUGCUCAAAAGAUAGCAAUUCACAAUGAUUGGAGUUAGAUUAAAUACUUUCAACGAUAAUUCUGGUGAACCUGAGCAAGAUGCAAAUUCUGCUCUAACAGAAUUAGACAAAGGUCUGCGAUCAGGCAAAGUAGGUGAACAGUGCGAAGCGAUUGUUCGUUUUCCUCGACUAUUUGAGAAAUAUCCAUUCCCUAUAUUGAUCAACUCGUCAUUCUUGAAACUAGCAGAUGUAUUUCGAAUGGGCAACAAUUUUCUACGUUUAUGGGUACUACGAGUUUGCCAACAGAGUGAGAAGCACUUGGACAAGAUUUUGAACGUAGACGAGUUCUUGAGAAGAGUGUUCAGUGUGCUUCAUUCCAAUGAUCCCGUGGCAAGAGCUUUGGCACUUCGGACUCUGGGCGCUGUCGCUGGGAUAAUACCGGAGAGGCAGAAUGUGCACCAUGCUAUUCGGAGGGGACUGGACAGUCAUGACAAUGUGGAAGUUGAUGCUGCUAUCUAUGCCACUACUAGAUUUGCUGCACAUUCGAACUCCUUUGCAGUGGCCAUGUGCAACAAGCUAUCUGACAUGGUGGAAUGCGAGAGCACGGGGGCGGAGCGCCGCGCCAAGCUGGUGCGCGCGCUCAGAACUGUGCACGGGGGAGCCAUAAGAGCCCAAGGAGUACUGAAGCUCCUGCGUUCCCUUCUGGAGCGGUUCCCGUCCUCCAGCUCAGUGCGCGCCGCCAUCACAGCGCUCACGCACAUCGCCGCGGACACCGUGGUCCAUGUUCCUGAUCAGGUGGAACUUCUCCUGAGCCUAGCCAUGAACGACGCCCGCUCCAGCGUGCGCCGCGCGGCGCUCGUAGGGCUCCGCAAGCUGGCGGCGCACGCGGCGCUGUGGCCGCAGCAUUGCAUACAGAACUUGGUGCAGGCUGCUGAUAGCCAGCAAAGCGACCACACCAUGCUGUGCUUGGAAGUCAUGCAGAAACUAGUGGAAUGCCCCGCGGUUUGCGCCGCGUCCGGAGCCCUACGUACCUACUGCGCAGCCGCUGCCUUAAGCCCAGACUUGAGACAAGCGGCUAUAGCCGCACAUGUCUUCACAGCUGUUGUGGUUCACUGUUACGAAGAAUCGUUGCCAGUCGAUGGCAGUGAUCUGAUGAUCGCUUUAGAAGCACUAGUGAUCGCUACAGCCGCUGAUAGUUCGUCCGCGAAUAUUAAACCUUUGAGAAUGGCGUUACGAUGCUUGGUGAAGCUCUGCACAGCGGAGCCAACAGUGUACGCUCCGCGCACAGCCCUGGUCCUCGGCACUGAGCUGCAGCAGUGCCCCUGGCGCGAGGCCGGGCCGCGGCUCCUCGCUCUGCUCGAGGCGCUGGCGGCGCUGGGGGGGGGCACCUACUCCCCCCACGCCAUACAGCCGGCCAUGCCCGCCUUAAUACAGGUGCUGAAUUCAGCUAUGUCUGGUAACCCCACCGGCAACCCAUCAGAAGACGGGACAGCGUUGGUUCUGCUGUGCACGGUGCUAUUCCAAGAGCGAGCGGGCGCAGCCCUGACAUGCAAAAUAAGUAAGUCUUGGGAGACCAAGAUUAUGGACACUAUCAGAGGAGUGGACGGCUGGACGAGGUACAGGGUCGCUAGAGCUGCUUUGAGAUACGGCCACCAUAGUCUAGCGGCAGACGUCUUGAAGCGAUUGGCCGAUGAGGCGCCGAGCGAAUCUGCGCAGCGGUGGCUCUCGGCGUUACACAGGGCUGCCUCCAACGACGCUUUGUUGAUCGAAAAGGGCAUCCUAGCGCUGGAAGAAGCCAGCGCCGGAUGGGAGAUAGCGAGCGGAUGGGGGGGCGCACGCGCGGGCGCAGGCGCGGGCUGCGCGCUCGGGUGCGCGGGCUGCGCCACGUGCGCGCCGCUGUCCGCCGCCGCGCUCGCCGCGCGCGCCCGCGCGCUCGCCGCGCUCGCCAGGGUCGCGCGCGCCGCCCGGGCUCUGUGCACGCAGCCGCCGCCCGCCAUCGCGCAUUCGCACGCUCAGGCGGCGCGCGACCCGGCCGCCAAGUCCGGCGCGUGCGCAGCCUCACUGCGCAAGGCUGCGCGCGCAGUCAUGAGCACGGCGCAGCGGUACUGUCGCCUCGCCAGCACCGCAUUCCAUGCUGACGAUGCUACGCUCAGGCACCUCUACAUUGCUCAGCAUACAUACGCGCAACUGGCCCAGUUCCUCGAACGAGUGACGUCGAACCAACAGGAGCGACCUUCGGAACUCCUCAAGGAGAUCAAACCCGCCUCCCUGGAGGAGAAGAUCGCAAUGUCCGCCAGCUACAAGUUGACCAGAAUAUCCGCCAACCUGUUUGAUAAUCCGACGACUAAUCCAGGGAUUACGCAUAGGCACAUGGAGGCCGUGCUGGCGGCGGUGAAGGCGUGCAGCGGGGGCGCGUCGUGGGCGCGGGGCGUGGCUGCGGGGCGCGCGGGGGGCGCACUGUGCCGCGUGUCGCUGACGCCCGCGGGCCGCGCGCCCCCCGCCGACCACGCGGCCGCGCUGCCGCUGUCGCACAAACUCGCUUUAAAAUUGGAAGGCGUCGUGCUGCCAGCCACACCGCUUAGCAAACGCCAGAAACAGAGACAGGUGAAAGGAGUGCAGAUCACGGUGACCGCCACGCCUCACCCGCGGACCAACGAAAAGACGGUGGAACUAACUAAUAUACCGCCGGUCCUGACCGCCGUACAGACCGUCACACCGGUCCGGGAUUUCUUCUCAGCCCAACAACUUGUUAGCGUGAACACGCCUGGACUGUACACGGUGGCAGUGGAGGCCGCGUUCGUUGACGAGAAGGGCGAACUGUGGAAUACUGGGCCUAGGACUUCUAUUGUCAUCAAGGCUCACGAGGACCCGACCGCGAAAGGGAUAGUGCAAGCGGCCAGAGGAAGAUUUUAGCGGUAAAUUUUCCAAUCAAUGUUAAAUGCGGGCGAAUCUACUGUUUUUUGAUGACCAUUUUCUAUUAUGUCAGUUCUCCCAUAAAUAUAUGCAUAAAAUCUUUCAAAUCCUUUUUUAUAUUAAAAUAAGGAUCUGUGCUGUAUUAUAUUACUAUUAAAAUAUGCUUAAGUAUCCUAAAUUGUUUUACCUAUUUUCACUGUCGUAACGUCUAGUUCAAAAUAAAAUGUCAGGCAGAUUUUUCACCACUUGUUAAUGUGGACUUUUUUAUUCAAAUCAAAUAUCUUUAUUUGCCAACAAUUUACAAAAGAACAACUACUAACAUUUAUAAUUUAGUUCAGUAUUUAGAUGUUACUCCAAGUCCAAAAUUAAUAUAAAUUAUUGUUCCGGUAAGUCAUUUUUAUUUUUAAAUCAAAUCAAUCAAGGUCCCAUUAGUAUAUAACAUUGGUACUCUUUGGGAUAAUUUUAAAUUUUGCCUUUAAAGGCAAAAUUGUAAAUUUUGAAACAUACUUGUAUCGAUCAAAGAUUUUGUUAUUGUACCUAAUUGGAAAACGGUUGGGUGAUUUAUUUAUUAGUAACGAGCGGCCCGUCCCGGCUUCGCUCGGGUGAAAGCUAUACACCUAAACCUUCCUCAGGAAUCACAUUAUCUAUGACAGACAGACGCGGCAGAGGAUUUUGUUUUAUAAUAUGUAAGGAUAAGGAUUUUGAUGUAUGUGAUUAUUUGAAAUAUAUUGAUUUUGAUAAGACAAGAAUUUCCUUGGUUAUUAUAAUUCUUAGAAUACGUAAUUAGUCUAAUUAUUGCAGUAUGAUACUUUUAUGAUAUCAAUAAUCCGAUGAAAUUGAGAAACAAUUAGGUACAUUUUUAUUAUAUCCUUCAUGAUUAAAUUUACUAGUUUAAGUUUAGUUACUUUUUAACUAGCGGCCCGUCCCGGUUUCGCGCGUGUAAAACAUAAUAAAUUACACACCUAAACCUUCCUCAGGAAUCGCACUAUCUAUUGGUGAAAAUCUGUGCAGUAGUUUUUAAGUUUAUCGCGAACAGACAGACAGACGCGGCUUAUAAUAUGUAAGGAAUAACCGUUUCGCUAAUCGAACGAUACGGCGCAGUCUACUUUGUUCACCCUUAUGUGAUCGAUUCCACCUCAUCACACCUCUCGAUUUGGUACCUCUUUCCUGCUGAGAACUGCUGAGGUUCGCUCCCCAUGUCGAUAAUUCCCGAAUUCUAGAAUUUAAGAAUCUUAAGAAUUAUUACGUAUUCACCCUUGCCUUUUUAGAGUGAAUACGCAUUUUUUGAGCUUGCGUAUAACAGCUAAAAUAUCGUCCUUUGCUUCCCUUUGGGUUAGAUUGAGGUCAAAUACACUCGAAUUUG